AUGGCCGCCGAACUCACAACCACAAAACUCAAUGCGGAAAGCCACCUGCUCUUGGAUCAACCCCUCCUCCGCCUCCCACAUGAAUUUGCCCGAAAAAACUUCAAGAUUGUCCAGAAGCACGUCGAGAGGGAGAACAAGGACGUCCUCUCGGCUCUCAAAUCCACAGCCAACGCCUCCCUGGCCGGCCAAGAUGCAUCCAAAACAGUCGCUUCCCUAGACAACAUGAUAAAUCGAAUGCGAGGUUUGAAGCGGAAGAUGGAAACUCUACACAGCGAAGAGAAGGCUCUGCAUCAGGCGUCUAGGAAGCGCAUACAGCAUCUACAAAAUCUAUACGAGAUACCCAGUUUGGCAGACGUGAAAUACGAUGAGUGGUCGAGGGUGAGGUUAAACAGGUUACUGGUGGAUUAUCUACUCAGGUGUGGAUAUGUCGAAAGUGCCAGGGCGCUGGCGAGGGAGAAGGGCAUUGAGGAGUUGGUGGAUCUGGAGGUCUUUGUGCAGUGCCACAGGAUCGAGGAGAGCUUGAGAAGGAAGAGUACGCAGGAGUGCUUGGCCUGGUGUGCGGAGCAUCGGCCGAUGAUGAAGAAGCUUGAUAAUCGCCUCGAGUUUGAGCUUCGGUUGCAACAGUACAUUGAACUUCGCCGGAAUGGGCAGCUUGUGGAAGCCCGGCAACAUGCGCAGAAAUACCUGACCCAACAUGCUGGUACAUAUCUUGAAGAGGUGAACAGAGCUGCGGGGCUCCUUGCCUAUCGACCAGACACCCAAGUGCAAGAAUAUAAGAAAUUAUAUUCCGAAUCUCGAUGGGACGACCUAGCCAAACUCUUCGUCAAUACCCACCACGAGCUCUUCUCACUCCCUGCACGUCCACUCCUCCACAUAGCGCUUUCCGCAGGACUUUCGGCUCUCAAGACACCUUCUUGCCAUUCGAAGCAUGCGAGCAGCACAGCAAAUGCAAGUUCGACGACGACAUCGGUUUGUCCGAUUUGCUCAACGGAGCUGAAUGAUCUUGCUCGCAACCUGCCCUACGCACACCAUACAAAGAGUUAUGUUGAGAAUGACCCCGUCGUCCUGCCGAACGGCAGGGUGUACGGGAGAGAUCGACUGCUUGAGAUGAGUGCGAAGGUGGGUCUGGACGCGAGCCAGGUAAAAGAUCCGACGACUUCUGUCAUAUAUCCAGCCUCAGAGAUUCGGAAAGUGUACAUAUCCUAA